GAUGCCGUUUAUGAGUUCGUAUUUUUUAUUUCUCCGUUCCUCAACCUCUUAUGAACAGUGUUAUCACUAAAAGCUUACAAGUUUUUCGAUGAGCUGAUUGAUUACACCUAGCCUUGAUUUUACAAGGAUUUAAAAUUUUGAACGCUAUUAUCACCGAUGGCAAACAAUGAAGGCAAAAAUGGAGGGUUACAGAAAAGAAGACAUCCUCCACAACUGUUUCGACAAAUGGAGCAAGAUGAAGUCUCCUUCCCACAGACUUCUUGCACUGAGGGAGAGGAAUAUAACCUGAAAAUUCCUGUAUCUGCCAAUCAUAGCCAUCUUUCAACAAAAUCGAACAGCCAUGCACCAAGCAAUGCACAAACAGUUGCCGUAUCCAGCGACAAGCCCAUUUUUCAUUCACCAGUAGCAGCUUUCAAGCAACACCAUGGUAUUCAUCCUCGUUUCACACCACCUGAAGACAGCCGAGCCAGCAGUAGUACUGGUAGUGCAACAACGGGAGGUACAAGUAUAGGUAGUCAAAGUAGUGGUGGUAAAGACAGCAGCAGUGGUAGUGACAAAGCUAGGCUGGCUUGUUCAAGUGCACUAAAUAAAGGGACUAGAUGUGGUAGCAGUGCUUCAUCAUCGACUGAAGAAACCGAAGCACGUGAAAAACGCUUUGGUAGUGUAGAUUUACAUCCUUUGCCUAGCGUCGCAUUAACGGCUAUAAUGAACCAAGCGAUGCGUCGUAGUUUCUAUGCUGAAUCUUCAGUUCAAAAUGCUGAACAACUUCAGUAUGCUACGUUACUAUCAGCUCAUAAAAAUUAUGGAGACUCUUCAGGUCCAAUUGAUGUAAAAAGGAACGCACCAUCUGUUCCACCAUCCAAAAAUGACUUGGUUAAUCUCUUUUCACAAACACCAGCACAUGCCAAUAUAAAUUCUGUGCCACCUUCUGUUCACAGUGUGGCUAUUAAGAUCGAUUUGCCCAAGUUUAAUCAAAAUUCGCCAUUGCAUCUUAUCUCUCCUAAUUUAUGGCCACGAUUGAUUUGUCCAAUUCAUGGUGAUAAUUUAUUGGCUCAAUUUUCUCAAGCUUUAUGCAAAAGAAAAAUUGAUAUCAGUGAAACAGACAGUGAACAAGAAAUGUCUAAUUUACCAGUUCUAUCUACAAAAAAUGAACAAUCACUCAUGAAUAUCACAUCAUCGACCCUAGAAGAGUCUAAACAAGAUUACAAUAAUAAUGACAGUUCAAAACAAGCAACAAAUGCAACAAUAACUGCGCCGGUGCUCGGAACAAGUGUUUAUGGGAUGCCAACAUUGGGGUAUUUUAAUAACGUAUCUGAACCAAAUAACAAUAAUACUGUUCAAUCGAAUGGUCCUCAACGUAUUGGUCCAUAUUAUUUAGGUCCCACACUCGGUCGGGGUAAUUUUGCUGUGGUGAAAUUGGGAAAACAUUCUCAACUAUCUGUAAAGGUUGCCAUCAAAAUUAUGAACAAAGAUUUGAUUGGUUCUAAAAAUCUUGGUAAAGUCUCUCGAGAACUUGAAGCGAUGAAACGUUGUCAACAUCCGCAUAUCAUCCGUCUUUAUCAUGUUAUGGAAACAGAAUCAAAUAUUUUCAUGGUUACUGAAUACGCUAGUAAAGGAGAGGUAUUCGAUCAUAUCAGUCUAUCUCAUGCAUUUACGGAGAAAGAAGCUAGGGAAUUAUUUUGGCAAAUCGUUUGUGCAAUCGAAUUCUGUCAUGCUUCAGGUAUUGUACAUCGAGAUUUAAAAGCAGAAAAUCUUUUAUUAGACGCUGAUUUUAAAAUUAAAGUUGCUGAUUUUGGAUUUUGCAAUUUUUUUCAAAAUGAUCAAUUAUUAUCUACACAUUGUGGAAGUCCUCAAUAUGCUGCGCCGGAAUUAUUUAAAGGUGAACCAUACGAUGGAACAUUGGCCGAUGUAUGGAGCUUAGGUGUUAUUUUAUAUAUUCUUGUUUGUGGUUCAUUUCCGUUUCCCGGUGAAUCCCUUGGUGAUAUUCGUACACAAGUACUUCGUGGUCUUGUACGUUUUCCAUUUUAUUUAUCGACUUCUUGUGAACAAGUUAUACGAUGUAUGUUACAGGUCGAUCCUAAUCGACGAUUCAAAUUAAAACAGGUUACGACCACAGCAUGGAUGCAAGAGUCUCCAAAUGUGGAACAUUAUAAAUCACUUAUGGACAAAUAUCAAAAACAAGCAAAAGAACGUCAAUUCGAAGUUUUAUUUCGUCAUCAACAUCCGGAACACAGUAAAAUAGCUAAAGAAGAAUUUCUAGAAAGAAUUGAACGUAAACUUGAUAUUGGUGUUGUGAAAGCAUUGUCUAGAGAAGCAGGUUUAGAUGAAGAACAAAUUCGUCAGUCUACAAUUCAAAAGAAAUACGAUCGUUAUCAUGCAGCCUAUGAAUUAUUAAAAGAAAAAAUUAAAAUAUUUUAUCAUAAUCCUAUCCUAAGAAAUUUCGUUAAUGAUGAAGCCAAAAAACAAGCAGGCAUAUUUUCCAAACUAGAUACAACUCAAAGACCUGCAUGGCAGCCAAACUCUGAUAUUCUAGGUGGAUGCAAUUUAUCUGAAGAACAAGUCAAUACGAAUGUUUUAAGCAUAACCACAUCAACAACACAACCAUCUGCAAUGCUUAGUGUAUUGGAUGAAACAAUGUUAGAAGAACAAACUCCUCCGAGCGAUAUUAUCAUGUCCAGUGAUUCCAGUGAUCUAUCAGAUGUAAUGAUGAAGGAUACUUCUUUGUCUUGUACUAGUGUUCAUGCAACUACUUCUACAACAAUGAGUACUGUUUUCAUCACGGCGUCCAAUCUUGAAAAAUCUGAAAACUCUUGUACUUACGAUAAACAGAAUACAACUGUUACAACUGACAAGAAAGAUUUCAGUGAAAGUAGUUUAAGAGAGUGGAAAUGUGCUACACAGCCAAAAAAUACUGAAUUGAAUGCUGCCAUAUGUAUAUUAAAAGCUGAUGAAGAUGAAAUUCUCUCAAAUUUUGGUAUUGAUUCAGGACCAAUAAAUAAAUCAUUUUCUAAUUCAAUACGACGUCAUACAUUACAAUUUACUACUUCAUUAUUUCGUAAACCAUCCAACCAACGUGAUAAUCCUGAUAAUAUUUUAACAAAUAAUGAUGAUGUUAAUAAUCAUCAGUCGGAUACAUCUUCUGCCACCAUCAACAGUAUGUCCAUAAAAAAUUCCAAUGCAAAAGCUAAACAAUCCCACGAAUUAACUGAUGUGAAUAACAACAGCAAAAGUUGUUCAUCUGAUGACAAUAAUAGCAGUAAUAAUAAAACUAAUGAUAAUAGUGUUAAACGAACCACAGUACGUCGGUUUCCGCGUCAAAUUACUCAACCACAUUCAAAUCGAUUACAAUAUAAUCAGACUAGUCCGGAUAAUUCAGAUCAAAUGUUACUUAACCGUUUAGAUUGGUUGCCAAAUAAUUGGGAGACAACCCAGAUGGGCUAUCGGAAAUCUCAUUUACUGCAAUCAUCAAGACCUUAUUUAAAUAAAAUUAGUAAACAAAAUGAACAAACAUUAACAUCACUUGAAUUAGGACAAGAAGCAGCUACCACAAAGUUACCACCAAUGAAAAGGGAUACAAUUACCAUAGAGACAACAACAGGUGAUGAUGAAGAAGAAGCAGAGCAAGACGAUGUUUCAAUUCUAAUUGAUCAGGAAAACAUCUUGCCAGAAGAAAUAUCACAAUCUAUCCAGUUUACAGAAAAUAUCUCAUCAGUUGGUGAUUAUAAUGUGACAGUAAUGAAUAAACCAAAUAUGGUAUCUGAAAAGGCAGAAUGUCCCAAUCCAGUUGAAUGCCCAUAUGAGUCUACAUCGAAAAGUCAACUGAUUCCUUCACAAUAUCCUAAUCCACAAACACCAUCAUGUGAUCCUUUGCUGUUAGAUCGUAUUCCAGAACAAAUUUCAAUAGAUAUGAACACAGAGACUAAUGAAAAAGUGAAUAAUACGGCACAUGUCCUAAUUGAAAAACCAACCUUACUAGAAGAUCCUUGCUGGUCCACUGUUCGCAUUUCAGGUGGAGUGGAUGAAGAAGAUGAUAAUUCAUGUGAUCCAACAGCUGGAGUACUGCGUACACUACUUCCACAGCUUAACUUACCUGCGAACUUACCAGCUAUGAUUCAUCAACCUGUAGCUUGUUUUACUGUUAAGGAUCCAAAUUUACUUGCUCCACCAGAGUUUAUGACUCCACAUAGUUCUAGUUUUCCUCGUAGAUCAUCUGAUGGUGCCGCUGAUCUACAGCCACUCCAUCGACCAGUAAUCACAGUGGGUGGAAGUUAUCCGGAACAAGCAAAUUACCGUAAAGAGGAUUCUGGUGCUGAGAGUGAAAAUUCAUCUUUGUCUGUAAUCAAUACUGUGCAUAAUUCAAAACCAAAUUCCACAGAAGGAACCACAUCAUCUGUGAAGAAUUCCGAUUGGAUUCAAACAUCUCGACCAAAACACGACAAUUUUGAAAAUUCAAAACCGUCAUCCUCUUCAUCUAGUGAUCAGCCGCAACAAAGCUGUCAACAACAGCAACUCCCGGAAUCUCGUUCUCGAACAUUGGCCGCUCAACAACGUUCAUUAUUCUCUGCUUUACAUUCUCAAAAAAGACGUCUUCCUUUAGGAUUAUGGUGGAAACUUACACAUAAAAAAUUUAAUCAACCUGGUGAAAAUGUAAAAAGUGAAUUAUGGGAUAGACAAUUUAUUCGACAUCAAAAACGUUUUAGUUUACCUGUAAAUUGUGGGCCAGUGAGACAACCAUCAGGCCCCAUCAAAACUGAACUACAAUGUAGGUGUCAUCAACCAUUAACUUCCGAAUUAUUACAAGAAAUUGAACAAAAAUUACAUGAUACUUCAUGGAUUCAAAAAAUUCCAGCUUCUCAAAUUUCAAAUAUGCAAUGUAUAACUAGUGAAAAUAAAUUUAAUAUAGAAGAGAUACCAGAAAUUUAUCGUCGUGGAAGUGAAGCUAGUCAAAUGUCAGCAUGGGAGCAACGUUUAAGACAAUAUAAUGACCUAUAUGAUCCUGGCGCACAUGCUCAAGUGACAUCUAGUUUUCAUCAAGCAGUUCCUGAAAUAGAAGCAGAUGAAGACGAAGAAGAGAAAUUAGUUUCAAAUUAUCCAUUCUUUACUUCUCCAUAUACUGAUGAUACAUCUGUUCCAAAUACAAGAUUAAUUACAACUAAAUGUCAAGAUAUCAGUUCAUAUAAUGAAACAAUCGAUACAGUAACAUCAAGAACAAAUACAAGUACUCCUCAAUUUGUACAAUAUAAAACACAACAAUAUUUAUCAAGUUCUGUCAUAGGCGAUAAUCCAUCAAACCCUAUUUCAAAUAAACCGUACGAUUCACACAUAAGUGCUCCAAAUGUUUCCCCAAUUAGUCAAUCAGGUAUUGAAUUGACUGAUUUGAAAACUGAGCUACAUAAUCUUGAAGUAGAAAGAAGUGCUGGACAUUCAUGUUUUACUGGUGGUAUACUGGUAUCCUCUAUAGAAUCAUCACGAUCGGUAGAUGAUAAUAAAAUUCAUAAGUCAAAUGAAUCCACCCAUCUACCAGAAUUCAUAUUAUCUUCUGAAACAUCAAAUAUACCUUCGUUUUUAUCUGAUUGUGCCAUUAAUAUGCAACAAUCCGCAUUACCGAUUAAAUAUACACUUAUACCAAAUGAACAAUCUCCGUCUACUUCUUCUUAUACACAUCGGUCUAGUAGUGACUUCGAUAAUAAAACACAUCGUCGGGCAUCAUCUGUCAUUGAUAAUCCGGUAACAUUAAAUUAUUUAAUUCCCCCUGACAGAGAUAUCUGUGAAACUUCAAAGGAUAACAUUCGUAGGCAUAGACAUUCUGUUAGCGAAAUGGUUGAUAAUAAACAAAAUUCUAAAUUUAAUUAUGAAUUUUGUUCCGGUGUAGGCUCCGAUGUAUUUAAUGUUAGUUCAGAAUUGCAUCAACCUAGAAUACAUGUGGGUCUGAGUCCGGAUUUGGAAAGUACCGAAGUUCAACUACAUGAUGAGAUGAGCGUAAAAUCACUUUCUUCCUUUUCCAUGGUUGAAACACCAGCUAACACCAAUAUGAAUAAUACAGGUAUUGGUCAGCGCCUUUUCGAACGAUUACAUCCUGAUCGACCAAACUAUCUACAUAUAUUACAACAUUCGGGCGGAUCAUCAGAUCGACGUUUGAGUCCUGAUUUCCUAAGAAGUCCUCGUAAAAAAAUCUAUCAAGAAUGGUUACCUAAGUUAACUGAAUUAUCACACAAAGCAUUUGAUGUUGCUCGCGAUAAGAUGAAUAAAGUCAGAGCCACAACCAAUUCACAAUCAUUAGUUUAUAAUCUAGUCCAUUCAGAUAUACUUCAUCCAUCAACACAUUGUUAUACAGCCAAUAAAACAAACUCAAUGCAUAAAGAUGAACGUAAUAAUGAAUGUUGUUUGAGUGAUAUAAUUAAUAAAUCACAGGUUGGUCAGAAUUCCAGUACUACUGGUGUUAUUUUACAUGAGAAAGAUGACAAAGUUAAUCUUGGAGAUGUUGAUCCAGAUCCAGAGUUGGAUCCAGAUAUCGAUGAGGAAGAAGAUGAUGAAAAAGACUGUGCUUUAGCUCCACUACAAACUCAUAAAAUUAACUCAAACAACCCAUCGACUCAUCAUUCAUCUCGACAGAGACAUAGGAUAAUGAAUCAAAAUAUUGGACAAAAUUUAACCUAUCCACAACAGGUAAUGCCUUUCUUUCAUGGUAAUUUACUUAACCCAACUGUUAUUCAACAACAGAAUCAGAAUACAUUAAUUUCUCAGUUACCUAGUGGUACUACUGGAAUUAAUACUUAUGGUCUUCAAGAUUUAGUCGAUUUCUCAAAUCCACAAGCUUUGCCUGCAGCGGCAGCUGCUGCUUCAUUAUUACUUUUCCGUUCGAGUGAUGAUGAUGAAGAUUUGGCUGCUAUUGAUCGUGUUAAUCAACGUUUAGCUUUAAGUAGAUUAACUGGGAAUUUUACAGAUACAAAUCAAUUAAUAAAUGAUUAUCCUAAUCUGCUUGGCCCAACACCUCCUCAUCAAACAUUAACACCUCAACCGCAAUCAUUCUUACCACCAACAAUACAACCAAUUAGAUCUUUACCUAUAACACAAUCAACCCUUCAAACACAAUUUCCACAUUCCACAACAAUAAAUGAAGCUUUAGUAAAUAGACAAAACAAUGUGCUGCAUCAUGAUUCACAUAACUAUUCCCAAUCUUCAACAAUUUCAACUAAUCCUCAUACAAUUACAGAUAUUGAUGAUAUCAAUUCACCAAUCAAUUCACAAGCGCCCAGAAGUUAUGAAACUGCAUCAAACUAUGAUCAAAAAUGAUUAUGCUUAUUGAUGUAUGAUGCAUAAUGAGAUAAUAAGAUUAAGAAAAUAUCAUAUAGAACACUUAUUUUUUAUUCCUUUAAACAUAACAUUGUUUGUCUUUCUUAGUGAUUAUCAGUUUUUUUUUCUUGUCAUAAUACUUGACAACUAAAAAUGUUUAUGAAGUCAUCUUUUGUUUUUAAUUGCUUGUUCAUAAAUAUCUUAAAAAGGAACAGAAAACACAAUUAGUUCAGUCAUUUUAUUGUACUAUAUUUGCAGCAUUGAACAUAUUCAGAUUAAUUAAUGUAUUUGCCUGCAUUUCAUUUGAUGUUUGCUUGUAUCGACUAUGGGUCUAUAUAGUCCCAUGAAUGUGAUAAACUAAUCAUCAUUGUUAAGAUUAUUCUCAGCAUUAUAUACAUAUUACAUGUAUACUGUAUACCUGAUCAUAUAUUUUUUUUGAAUAAACAGAGUAAUAUCGAAAUAAUUUGAUGAUUUUUAUGCUUUUUAACUCAUUCACUUUAUAUUCUUAUCAUUAAUAUUCAAAUCAAUUAUUUUUAUGAUUAUGUAACUGUUGGUGACACCAGCCUUCAUACCCGUAACAGCACACGUGACCAAGUUGGUCAUAUUCAAAUCCUUCCUACACCUCUUCCUAACUUCUGGUUUUGUUUCCAUCAAAAGAGAAUACUUAAAAUACGAUGUACUUAGUUGUUUUUUUUUCUUUUUAAUAAUUGAACCUUGAUUUUCCAUUGUAAAUUUAUAAUUCAAAUGGUAUUAUGUUUAAAUAUUGAAUGUAAACAGUUCGUUUGUUUGUUUUUAUCUUUUGGUGGAGAGUUUUUUAUAACAUGAAAGUGUAGUGAUCAAAUUAUAGAUUAUUAUCAACCGAAUUAUGAUUGACAAUCAAGGGUACUUUGUUCCAGUAUGAAUGUGAUAUUCUUUAUUGUUUUUAUGUUACCAAUCGAAAUCAGUUCAAAAUUAUUAUCUUUAAAUCAUGUUAUAUAUAUACUUAUCAAUAUCAUAUAGUGUAUUUGAUUGUACUUUUAAAACGUCAAAAUUAUAAAUAAACUAGUGGAAUUCUUCGAAUAAUUCAAUUCUACAUGAUUGCCAUAUGUCUUUCAUGAUCUCUAUGUCAUGAUUAAACAUUGAAUGAUUGAACUAAUUCAUAAAUGACUUAUCUAUAUAUCCAUGAAUAUGGUGUACUAUAUCAGUAAAGAAUAAGCUGAAAACAAGUUUAAAUAAUAACAGUAAAACGUAUACAAAAUAUAUUUUGCAGAUAUAUAUAUAUUAAAAGAUUUCAUAUACACAACAUCAACGUGAAUGUGGCUUUCAUUGGCACAUAGAAUAUAUAGAACAAUAAAGGAAAUAAUUUGAAACAUGAUAUUACAAAGAAAGAACAUAAUUUUACUAAAUAUCAUUACAUCUGUUUAACAUAAAGAAUAGUUUUUUACAUAAGACUACAUUUCAUCACAUUUCCUAUCGAUAUAAGCUCAUUAUAUAUUCAGUAAUAUCCUGAUUCAUUUCUAUCAAUAAAAGUAAGUUCUCUAUCCGAUAUUGUAUCACAUUGAAAAUAAAUAACUGAUUGAUAGAAGAAAAUUCAAAUAACUAAUGAAUAGAAGAAAACGAAAAACAGAUAUAACACAAUUUCAUUUACUCUGUUCUAAAACGAUAAGCAUUUGCCCAAAUAUCAGAUAAACAAACUGUGGAAUGAAAACGAAAAAAUACAAUUAAAGGUGAAACGUUUUAUCACCUCACUGGAAAGAGCCGCCUAAUAGGUAUAAAUGGGAUGAAGAAUAAAAGAAAUUGUACAGCGGUUACUGAGGCGUUCAUAAUGAAUGGAGCAUCACCUUCAGAAAUAUAACAAGAGCAAUCACAUAUGCAAUCCAAACGGAAGAGCACAUAUAGAUAUAUAAAUCAAAUCAAAAACGGGAGCCCAAGUCUGAUGCCGCUAUCUAAAGUUUGGAGACUUUGAUGUUGGGAAUACUAAUGGAAGAUUCAGUUGGCAAAAUGAAAAGGUGACAGAAAAUUGAGUCGCGACCACACAGUCAACUGAAGAGAAUGAAAAUGUUACGAAGAAGAACAAGUGAUCUUUAAAAAAACCUUGUAGAAAAAAUAUCCCAGCUAGAAAGUG